UUCCUUCCGUUUCCCACGGAAGCCCCUCCCUGUUAGUCGUUAGCUGUUAGCUCGUUAGCCGGACAGCAGCUGAAGAAGCCGGGGAAACGGAGCAGAAAAUCCCGGAGACCAGGAGGACAUGAACCCGGCGGAGGAGGACAGAGGACCGCGGUGACCGGACAGCGAUCCUCCCGCCGCAUUAACCCCCUUCCCGACGGCCAUGCUAUCAGUGCCCGCUCACCCACGUUGUUAGAUAUACAGACUGAGAUCCAGGAUGGGGUUCGGUCGGGAUCUGAGGAAUUCCCAUGAGGGAUUACUAAAGCUCCAGGACUGGGAGUUAAAGCUGCUGGAGACGGUGAAGCGCUUCAUGACACUGCGGGUGAAAAGUGAUAAGGAGUACGCCACUCUGCUGCUCAGCAUGACUCAGCAGAUGGAGAAACAGGAAACUGCUGACUAUGUUAGCACCGUGAGCAAGUCAUGGUCGCAGGUGAUUCGUCAGACUGAGGCCCUGGGUCGUAUCAUGAGGAGUCACGCUGACGAUCUGAACUCGGGGCCAUUGCACCGCCUCGCCACACUGAUCCGCGACAAGCAGCAGGUCAAGAAGAGCUACCAGAGUCUUCAUCAGCAGCUGGAGAGCCACAUCCAUAAGGUAACCAGGACUGACCUGGACAAACUGAAGGUGUUGUAUCGUCAGUUGAGCCGUGAUGCCAAUAACGCCAAAGAGAAGUACAGAGAGGCUGUGGCCAAAGGUCGUGAGGUGGAGCGUGCCCGUGACCGUUAUGACAAAGCUAUGGGGAAGCUCCACAACCUUCACAACCAGUACGUGUUGGCGGUGUGCAGUGCUCGGACGCAGCAGGACGAACACCGCUGCCAUGCGGCGCCUGCUUUGCUGGAUGCUCUUCAGAGGAUGCAGGAAGACAUGACGCUUGCCCUUAAAAGUAUUCUCGAGGAAUACUGUGAAAUCAGCAGUCUUCUCUCUGAGGAGAUCGUGAAGGUCCAUCAAGAGAUUGCGGCGGCCGUUGAGCAGAUCGAUCCUCUUGCCGAGUAUCAGCACUUCAUUGAUGCCUACAGGUCUCCGGAGACGCCAGAGACAAGUGUGGAGUUUGAUGCAUCUCUUCUGGAGGAGAUGGACAACCUGCCAGCUAAUGAGAUCCUGUGGAACACACUAACAGCCGAAAGCCUGAGAGCCAAGUUGUCAUCGGCGACAGAGGAGCUGGGGCUGACUCAGCAGAAUCUGCAGUCAAAGGAGGCGUUGGCUGAUGACCUGGAUGCCAAAAUCCAGACGAGUCAGCAGAGUGCAGAGAGGAAGAGCGACUGUGUCCUGCUGCUCAGUCAGAAACUCUCCCUCCUCGAGCUGCGGCACGCUGUCCAAUCGUUGCGCAGCUCUGAGGCGAGCCUCGCCUCCCAGAAGGCCCUGCUUGAUGCAAAGAUGACUGAUGCUGCCGCCUCCCCACCACCGCCACCACCUCCCCCUGCGCUGCCGUAUGAGGACGAUACUCGCUCUGUUGGAUCGACUGAUAAAGCGAGGGACAGGAGUUCUCGAUUUGACACUCUUCGUCACUCUCUGGCCGGGAUGAUUCGAUCUCCCAAAGCAAUGUUGGGCUCCUCCACCUCGCAGUUCUUUGAUGUGAUCCCCACAUCAGAGCGCCCACUAGCAGAGCAGGAGUGGUACCAUGGCGCCAUCCCCCGCAUCGAGGCUCAGGAAUUACUACGGCAACAGGGAGACUUCCUUGUCAGGGAGAGCCACGGCAAACCGGGCGAGUACGUCCUGUCGGUGUUUUCUGAUGACCAGAGAAGGCACUUCAUCAUCCAGUACGCCGAUAAUCAGUACCGUUUCGAGGGGACAGGCUUCGCCACCAUCCCUCAGCUCAUUGAGCAUCACUUCACCACCAAGCAGGUCAUCACCAAGAAGUCUGGAGUUGUGCUGCACAACCCAGUUGUAAAGGACAAGAAGUGGAUCCUGAACCAUGAGGAUGUAGUGCUGGGGGACUUGCUGGGAAAGGGUAACUUUGGUGAAGUGUACAAAGGAACGCUGCAACGAGACAAAACACCGGUCGCUGUGAAAACAUGUAAAGAGGAUUUACCUCCAGAGCUGAAGAUCCGCUUCCUGUCUGAAGCCCGGAUCCUGAAGCAGUAUGACCAUCCAAACAUCGUGAAGCUGAUUGGUGUUUGUACUCAGCGACAGCCAAUUUACAUCGUCAUGGAACUGGUUCCUGGUGGAGACUUCCUGUCGUUUCUGAGGAAGAAGAAGGAUGAACUGAAGACAAAACAACUGGUUCGCUUUGCAGUUGAUGCUGCUGCUGGGAUGGCGUACCUGGAGAGCAAAAACUGCAUCCACAGGGACCUGGCGGCGAGGAACUGUUUGGUCGGGGAGAACAGCGUGUUAAAGAUCAGCGACUUUGGGAUGAGUCGCCAGGAGGACGACGGUGUUUAUUCUUCAUCUGGACUUAAACAGAUCCCCAUCAAGUGGACAGCACCUGAGGCCCUCAACUAUGGUCGUUACAGCUCAGAGAGCGAUGUGUGGAGUUACGGGAUCCUGCUGUGGGAGACAUUCAGUCUGGGGGUGUGUCCUUAUCCGGGUAUGACCAAUCAGCAGGCCCGAGAGCAGGUGGAGAAAGGUUACAGGAUGGCUUGCCCUCAGCGUUGCCCUGAUGACGUGUACAAAGUAAUGCAGCGCUGCUGGCAGUACAACCCAGAGGACCGGCCCAAGUUCUCCGAGCUGCAGCGUGACCUCGCUGCCAUCAAGAAGAAGUGACAAGGUCAUCGCAGGCGUGGGGGGGGGAUGGGCAUGGCCUGUGUCUGAGAACAUUCCCUUAAACUAUUGAUCGCCAAUCACAGCACCGUCUCCGAGAUCAAAAUACGCAGCAUUGCAUCAUGGAACGGAUCAACGAUCGAUCGAUCAAUCCAAACACUAAAACUGUAAACACUAAAUCGCAAACAGACGGGACGUAAACAUCACCAAACACUGAAUCAGUAAACAACACUACAAACAAACAAAGCUGCUCAAAAUGUUUGAAGCUUUUUUUAUUUUACACAAAUAUUUGUAUUUUUUAAAGUUACUGAAAACGAUGUGAAGCUGCCACCUCUACUGUUACCAUGGCAACGCAUCUUUCCCUCUGAGCAGUCAGCUCUGAACACUAAAACCAUUUAUUUUUUUAUAUUUUAUUUUUAUUUUUGAUCUCGUCUGAAGGAGCUUUUAUUUUGAAAAACCUUUGAACCCAAAACAGCAUGCAACUCAGUGCUGUCCAUGUGGUGAGGUUACCACAGGAAAAGCAACUGAACCCAGCUGUCAUUACAAUCAAUUUAAACUAUUGAUUUAAACUAUUUAAACACAAAAACACUUUCCAAUAAAUAAAUAAAAACACUGAGAUAUAAAAAUGCCCUUUUUUUUUUCUCUCUAAUUUUAAUGUCCUUUUUAAGGGGCGGGUGUUCUCUGCACAUCACUGCUGACUGGUUAAUGCCUCACGAUGCACGGUGUCAUCACAGACCACACCCACCAGUUUUUUCAGGAAAUGUAUCUGACCAAACAGUUUAGAUUUUUAUCACCAGCACUUUGUUUCCUGGUUGUCGUGGUAACUUCACCAUGACCUGUGAGUGUUGAUUGGUAAGCAUCACUUCUUGGACUGUGAUGUCAGAGCUGAGAGCUCCACCUACUGACUGUUGUUGUAAAUAUGAGUUCUGAGUUACAACACUAAUCGUCUUUGUUUAAACUCUAUAAAAAUAUUAUUGUUGUAUCUUUAUUAUGAAAAUAAAAUGUAUGAACGUCA